AUGACAAGUCAUCUUGAGGUUGAAAGUAAUGAAGAAAUUGAAACUGAAUCUGAUCAUGGUGGAUCAAUAGUUGAAGAAGACAGCCAAGUUGAUGAAGCCUCACCUUUCACAGGACGAACUCGAAGACCACCAACUUGGAUGAGGGACUACAAAACAGGUCAGGGCUUAUCCGAUGAGGAGAAUGAGGAAGGGGCAAGAGACGAAAGUGUAUCGACUGAAGAAGGCUCUAUAUGGACUCAAGCAGGCUCCCCGAGCCUGGUACAGUCGUAUUUCAGCAAGGAAGGUUUCAACAAAUGUCCUUUUGAGCACACAUUGUUCAUCAAAACUGCAGAAGAAGGUAAGAUCUUGAUAGUAUGUCUUUACGUCGAUGAUCUCAUUUUUACUGGAAAUGAUAAGAUGAUGUUUGAACAAUUUAAGAAAUCUAUGAUGGUGGAGUUCGACAUGACCUAUCUCGGGAAAAUGAGAUACUUUCUUGGUAUUGAAGUAAUACAAGGUUUUGAAGGAAUCUUUAUUAGUCAAAGAAAGUAUGCUCAAGAGAUAUUGGAAAGGUUUAACAUGGAUCAAUGCAACUCAGUACUAAAUCCCAUUGUUCCUGGUUACAAACUUACAAAAGAUGAAGGAGGAAUAGAGGUUGAUGGCAAUGUUUACAAACAGAUGGUAGGAAGUCUCAUGUACCUAACAGCUACACGCCCUGACUUAAUGUUUGUUGUAAGUUUGAUUAGCCGAUACAUGGAGCGUCCAACUGAAGUUCACAUGCAGACGGCAAAAAGAGUUCUCAGAUAUGUUAAAGGAACUACUGAUUUGGGGAUAUUCUACAAGAAGGGAGGAACUGAGGAGUUGAUUGGGUACACCGAUAGUGAUUACGCAGGUGAUCAAGUUGAUAGGAAGAGCACCUCAGGUUACGUAUUUAUGGUGAAUAUGGGCGCAGUCUCUUGGUCCUAA